AUGAUCAUACGACCGGCAAUCGUAGCAAGCGGUAAUUCCUUCCUCCCCAUCUUCCUUUUUCUCCACGCUCUCCUCUUCCUUUCCAACGCUCCCUCGCGGACGCGCACUCCCCUCCGUCCCCCACGCUCACUCCCCUUCCGCCCCCCACGCUCACUCCCCUUCCGUCGCCCACGCUCACUCCCCUCCCUCGCACACCUUGACUCCCCUCCGUUCCCCUCGCUCACUCCCCAUCCCCUUUCCUCCCCAUCCCCUUCUCUCCCCAUCCCCUUUCCUUCCCAUCCCCUUCUCCCCCCAUCCCCUUUUCUCCCCAUCCCCUUUCCUCCCCAUUCCCUUCUCAAACCCAUCCCCUUCCCUCCCCAUCCCCUUCUCUCCCCAUCCCCUUUUCUCCCCAUCCCCUUCUCUCCCCAGCCCAUUCCAACCCCACCCACACCACAUCCCUUCACCGCCUUCCAAGUGUCGCCCAUCCACCCCUCCUCCCUACCUUUGACCCCACACUCUCUUGCUGCUGAAAGCAAUCGGGUCCUAUCCUCAUGGGCCAGGAUGGAGGACCUCCACCUCACCCCAUGUCCCCCUCACCCCAUGUCCCCCCCACCCCAUGUCCCCCUCACCCCAUGUCCCCCUCACCCCAUGUCCCCCUCACCCCAUCUCCCCCUCACCCCAUGUCCCCCUCACCCCAUCUCCACCUCCUCGCAUCUCCACCUCACCCCAUCUCCGCCUCACCCCAUCUCCACCUCACCCCAUCUCUGCCUCACCCCAUGUCCCCCUCACCCCAUGUCCACCUCACCCCAUGUCCCCUCACCCCAUGUCCCCCUCACCCCAUCUCCCCCUCACCCCAUGUCCCCCUCACCCCAUCUCCACCUCACCCCAUCUCCGCCUCACCCCAUCUCCGCCUCACCCUAUGUCCCCCUCACCCCAUCUCCCCCUCACCCCAUCUCCGCCUCACCCCAUCUCCGCCUCACAAACUCUCCCCCUCACCCCAUCUCCGCCUCACCCCAUCUCCGCCUCACCCCAUGUCCCCCUCACCCCAUGUCCGCCGCACCCCAUGUCCGCCUCACCCCAUCUCCGCCUCACCCCAUCUCCGCCUCACCCCAUCUCCGCCUCACCCCAUCUCCGCCUCACCGCCUCACCCCAUCUCCGCCUCACCCCAUCUCCGCCUCACCCCAUCUCCGCCUCACCCCAUCUCCGCCUCACCCCAUCUCCGCCUCACCGCCUCACCCCAUCUCCGCCUCACCCCAUCUCCGCCUCACCCCAUCUCCGCCUCACCCCAUCUCCGCCUCACCCCAUCUCUGCUUCCCUCCCUGUCCCCAUCCCUCCUCUCCCAAUUCCUCCUCUCUCCGUCCCUCCUCUCCCAAUUCCUCCGCUCCCCAUCCCUCCACUCCCCAUCCGUCCUCUCCCCGUAUCUCCUCUCUCCAUCUAUCCUGUCCCCAUCCCACCUCUCCCUAUCCCUCCUCUUCCCAUCCCUCCACUCCCAAUUCCUCCUCUCCCCCUUCCCUUCUCGCGCCAUCACUGCUCUCCCCUUUCCCUCCUCGCUCCAUCCCUCCUCCCACAUUGAGUGUCGUGCCUUCACACUCAACCUUGUAUGUCACCUCCCACUAUGCAACUGGGAUCGCAAUCAUCGCAUGUUUCCUUCCAGAUUGUGUCUCCUGCCACUCUCCCCCACACUCUCCCACACUCUCCCCCACUCUCCCCCACUCUCCCCCACUCUUCCCCCUCUCUUCCUAUUGGAGCAAGGCGGUCCUUGUGGCUCUCCCCAGCAAGUGA